CCGUGGGGAGAAGAAGAGCAACUCUCAGCCAGAUUGCAGAAGGCAUCGCUGAGCGAGAGGAGGGUUCGCAGAGGAGUUUUUGGAGACCUGGUGGUGAAUACGCGGCAGUACAUGGAACAUGUUAGAGAGUCGAAAACAGGCUCCGAAGGCAGAAUGGUAAAGCUAUUUUCCAAUCAUUUCCAAAUGAGAUCUCGCCUCCAGACUGCCACGUAUAAGUACAACGUUAACUACCAGCCAGAUGAAGGUGAUGAAAUGUUACAGGAACAUUUACGUGUAGAACUUGAAAAAUUAUUUGGAAAUCACCAGAUAUUUGAUGGAAACUCUUUAUUAUUACCUCACAAGCUGGAUGAAGGGGAUAUGACAUUGUCUAGAAAAUUCAAUAAUCAGAUGUAUGUGAUCACAAUAGAAUUCUCCAAAGAACUCCAGCCCUCUGACCCUGAUCUCCUACGCUAUUACAACAUUCUCUUGAGAAGAAUUUUGAAGAAAAUGAAAAUGAAACAACUUGGUCGCAACUAUUACAGGAAUGAUAAAAAAAUUGACUUCCGAACAGAAAAUCUGAAAAUCUGGUGUGGUUAUAUUACUUCUGUUCUUCAAUAUGAGAACAGUAUUACCCUCUGUGCUGAUGUGAUCCAUAAACUGAUUCGAAUAGAAACUGCCUUCGAUAUAAUAAGAAAGCUUGUUGGAGAAGGAGAGGCAACAAAAGAGACUCAAGAGUUAGUUGAUAAGGAAUUAGUUGGAUCAAUUGUUUUUACCACUUACAACAACAAAACCUACAGGGUGGAUGCUGUUAAUUGGAAGGAGCAUCCUACAUCUAAAUUUACAACAUCAAGGGGCACGCUAAUUAGCUAUCAAGAAUACUGCAAACAGAAAUACAAUACAGAGAUCACUGACGUGUCUCAGCCACUUUUGAUCAGCAAAGGAAAAUGGAAAAAAAGCCUACAGGGGAUAGCCCAUCAACCUAUACAGCUGAUUCCUCAGUUGUGCAAAUUGACAGGUCUAUCAGAUAAAAUUCGUAAAAACAACAUUUUGAUGAGAGAAUUAGCUGAAAAGAUGAGGUUGGAUCCAGAAGAAAGACGGUGUGAAUUACAACAUUUCAUCAAUAAAAUACUUAAACAUGAGAUUACGCAAACGGAGUUUCAGCGCUGGAAUUUGAAUUUUGAUACCAACUUUUUGUCCCUCUCAGGAAGAGUUUUGAAAGAAGUAACGAUUUCCCAAGGAAGUGUAAAAUUCGUGCCCCAUCCACAACAUGCAGAGUGGUCCAGAGAUGUUAGAGCUACACAUUUAAUUAAUGCAAAGUCACUGGAUAAUUGGUUACUGCUCUAUACUAAGAGAAGUCGUGAUGCCGCCCUAUCCUUGGAGAGGAAUCUAUAUAAAGUGACACCCACCAUGAAUAUAACUAUGAGGCGCCCAACCACGUUUGAAGUGAAUGAUUCAGUUGAUUCUUAUGUAAGCACCAUAGAAAAAAAUGCUGAAAGAACACAGAUGGUUGUUUGUGUGCUGUCCAGUGACAAGAAAGAAGUGUAUGAUGGCAUAAAAAAAUACCUGUGUGUCAGCUGCCCAAUUCCAAGCCAGUGUGUGGUGGCACGGACCUUAGAAAGACCCCAAGUGGAAAAGACCAUUGCUACAAAAAUUGCCCAGCAGAUGAACUGCAAGAUGGGGGGAGCCCUCUGGAAAGUGGACACCGGAGUGAAGAACGCAAUGUUCAUUGGUAUUGAUUGUUUCCAUGAUAUUGUCAAUCGACGGAAGUCAAUUGCAGCAUUUGUGGCAAGUUGCAAUGAAGACUUAACACAGUGGUUCUCCCAAUGUGUUCUCCAGGAAACAGGGCAGGAACUUGUGAGUGGACUGAGAGCUUGCUUGCAAGCUGCCUUGAGACUCUGGUAUAAACAUAAUGCAUCUCUGCCACAUGGUGUUAUUGUGUAUCGGGAUGGAGUGGGAGAUGGUCAGCUUCAAGCAUUGAUGGACCAUGAAAUACCACAGUUUGAGUCUGCCUUAGAGGAGAUUUUCAAGUCACUACCUUUCGCACUAACUUUUAUUGUGGUGAAGAAACGAAUAAAUACCAGAUUUUUUAUUGAGACUCGAGGAAGAUUUGGAAAUCCACCUCCAGGAACAGUGAUUGAUGUAGAGUUGACACAUAGGGAAUGGUAUGACUUUUUUAUCAUAAGUCAGCAUGUGAAAGAUGGUACUGUCACCCCCACUCAUUACAAUAUCAUCUACGACACAUUUGAGUUCAGCCCAGAUAAAAUACAGUGUCUAACUUACAAACUAUGCCACAUGUAUUAUAAUAUGUCAGGUAUCAUCAGAGUUCCUGCUCCUUGCCACUAUGCCCACAAACUGGCUUACCUUGUGGGUCAGAGCAUUCACCAAGAGCCACAUCUUUCCCUGACAGACCGUCUAUUUUACCUUUGACCGACAGAAAAAAAGCCUGAUGGGAUGUUGAAAACCACAAUUUGUAAAUUUUUUAUUCCUUUUGAAGCUGUACAUCUAAUUUUCCUAGAUGCAUAAU